UGUUAAUUGUUAUGCAGCUGCCGGAGAGAAAUCUCACCCCCUUUCCUUCUCUUCUUUCAAUCGGCAACGGUCGCAGCCGGCAGAGAAGAGCGGAGCUUGGUAGCUUCUUCCCUUGUUGCAAUUUGAUUCGAGUAAGUCUGCUUCUGCUAACCGGGAUCUGUUAGAGCCUGAUCCUAAUAGGAUAUAUCAUGUUUGGAUUUAGCGUUCCAUUUGGGGUUUUGUCGAGCUUCUGAUAAAUGGUGAUGACCUUAUUUGCAGGUUGCUUUUAUGUUCAUGCUUUAUCUUCCAUUUCUGAUAAAUGGGUGGAUUCUGAUUUCAUUUCAUGCCAUCUUAAUUUGGCUGGCAGUUUGGGGCUCUUGAGCUUGCUGUUGUUACUCUGAUUCAAGAUGGCGAAUGCCACCAAAGGAUUGUUCAUUGCCUGUGACAUACCAAUGGCACAAUUCAUCGUCAACCUGAAUGCUUCAAAGCCCCCGUCGCAGAAGUUUAUCAUUCAUGUUCUGGACGACACACAUCUGCUCGUGCAGCCCGAUUCUGGUGGUACGAUACGAGCUGCCAUUUCAGAAUUCAGAGACAAGAAUUCCUACGAGAAACCCGCUUAAACCUGCUGCUGCCUUCUUGAAAUGACUGGCCUAGAAGAAGAAGAAGAAGAAGAAGAAGAAGAAGAAGAAGGGAGGUUUGUGCAAAAUUGAUAUAAUAUGGAAAUUCCAUGAUGAACAAGUUUUAUGUUUGUUUAGACUUACAGUUUCCUAGAUAGAAACCGUAUACUUAAAAUUUUCAUUGUUCUAGGUCAUAUAUGGACAUGAAACGGUGUACUUUGAUUUUCUGAGUGCAUGUAUAAGAUGAUAGAAUCUAAUCAAAUCUCAAUCUCUCUAUCAGCAUUGUAGCAUAAUGACAAGCUAGUUUAAACAAAUAACUCAGUCUGUAUUUGGUUAGAUUCAAUGGAGGGAUGAAUGAAAAAAAUUACACAUGGGACUUGCUCUUGCUUCGAAACCUAUCAAGAUGUCUGCAAUGCCGGUUAAAUUCAAGGUAUGGAUGCAAUAUUCAUGGCUAGGGAUGGCAAUUUCGACCUGACCCGUUUGACCUGUUUUGGGGCGGGUCCGACCCGCCCCGUAGGCGGGGCGGGGCGGGCAUGGGUAGUCUCAUCGACCCGACCUGCCCUGACCCGCCCCAUUCUCGACCCGUUCUUGUCUAAAUUACAUGUAAUCUUAGUCAAAUUACUUAGAAUUUUUCUUUUAUUGCAUCAUAUUUUAGCUAUAAUAAAGUUGUAAAUUAGUAAAAACUUCAACUUCUCCAAUAAUUUAACUACAAUUGUCAUAAUAUUGUUUGUUUUCUUAGUCUUAUAAUAAAAAUAACGAAUAUUUCUAAUGUUUUUCAUAUAAAUUGCAUACCCAUUGGGUCGACCUGCCCCAACCCGAGACCCGUGAUCAAUUACCCGACCUGGACCCGACCUGUCACGGGGCGGGUCUGGGUACCAAGAAACCCGCCCCGGACCUGCCCCAUUGCCAUUCCUAAUCAUGGCAAAUUCAACCUUGUGUUGUGACUUGUGUUGUAUCAUUGAAACCAUAAACUCUUACAAAAACUAUAUUCUACAGAGGAAUGAAUAUUAUAUACAUCUUUGUCACUAACUAUCCUAGUAUGGUGACACUUUCUAUAUUCAUAUGUUUAACGGUUAGAUUUAUUUGUGCAUUAUACACUUUGUGGAUGGUUUUGAUUAGAGGUUAGAGGCUUAGAGCACAGAUGUACAAAUUUCACAUACCAAAGAGUAGCUGCCACCAAAUGGCAUCACAAAGUAAGUGUUGAUGUAUGGUGCGUGAAAUCCGAAUAUACCGAACAAGUUAAUGAUAUUUACUAGUAUGAACAUGAUUUACUUGAUAGCAUAUCGAAAAAAUAUUAAUGUCAAGAUAAUACUAAUUACAAAAAUAUAUUCAAGUCGUAAGAAUAACACUUGACUGAGACAAGAAAACAAACUAAAAUAUUUUCGACAUACCAUUUAACCUCAUUAUAUAAGCCUACAUAAACUUUUCUUAUACAUGCAUACCAUACCAAUCUAACUAGCAAUAGAAGAUUUUUGUAUCCCGAUCAAGAUACUAUACAAUAUCACACAUCAUGAUUCACGCAAGAAAUAUGUCUUUCAAAA